AUGGUCAAAGGUGGCGCCACUUCUGCCUAUUCAUAUCUACCUAUUUAUCUAUUUCACUCUAUUCACAUCUAUCUAUCUAUCUAUCUAUCUAUCUAUCUAUCUAUCUAUCUAUCUAUCUAUCUAUCACCAUCUACUAAUAAAGAAAAUCUAAUUUACUUUUAUCUCAACAUAUUCAUAUCUAAUUAUAUUCAUAUCUAUCUAUCUAUCUAUCUAUCUAUUUUUAUGUCAGUCUGUUCAUUUCUAUCUAUUUAUCUGUUCAUAUUCAUGUCAGUACAUUCAUAUCUAUCCAUAUUUAUAUCAAUCUGUUCGUAUCUGUCACAGUCUAUCUGUCUAUCUAUCUACAUAACUGUCUCAAUUUAUGUCAGUCUGUUCAUAUCUAUCUAUCUAUAUCAGUCUAUUCUUAUAUAUCUAUCUAUUUUCCUCUUUAUCUUAGUCUAUUUAUAUCUAUCACGUUAUAUUGAUAUCUAUCUAUCAGUAGAUACUGAAAGUUUAGUCGUUUGUUCAGGUUUUGGGCAGUAA